AUGUCUCCGACGACUCCUGGGAACGGAGCCCAUCCCGUCCUUUCCUACGGCAACAGCCCAUCGAGCGCCCGCUCGCACGGCUUCAAGCGCCCAAACGACAGCGACGAUGAGCAGGACAAUGGCCCGGAAGGGCGCAUGGCGAAGGCAGCACGGCAAGCUGCGGUUAAGCGUGCGUGCAACGAGUGCAGGCAGCAGAAGCUCCGCUGCAAUGUCCAACAGGAUCCCUUCCAAGAAUGCUCGCGCUGCUCCAAGCACAAACUUACCUGUGUAAUCGAACCCAAUUUCAAGCGCAUUGGCAAGCGCAGCCGGAACGCCGAGAUGGAGAAAGAGAUGGCAGAGUUGAGGGCGAGGCUGGCGCACUAUGAGGGACAAGGCAGGCCAUCGCAGCCCAUAAUCAAUACUCCAGUCCAGAGCUCCGAGACGACCAUGUACUCUGGCAACUACAACGAGGAGGAGACGUACGCUGGGCCACAUCACCAGGCAAUUGCCUCCCUACUCGACCUGCGCAGCGGCUCUCCGAAUACAAUGAAGUUUCAGGCUCUGGAGAAGGUGGUUCUUGCGCCCGACCGCAUUGAGGAGCUGUUCAACGAGUUCUUCACUAAUUACCACCCGAUACUGCCAUUUCUCGAUCCGAUUCAGUCGCCAGAGGAGUAUUGUAACGAUUCUCGAUUGCUGUUCUGGACCAUCAUCAGCGUUGCUGCUCGACACUUCGCCCAGGACCCAACUCUGCUUGACGCUCUCAAGGAACCAUUGAUCAAAUUGAUAUGGCAAACUGUUGCAAAAAUUCCUCAGAACCAUUUCGUUGUCAAAGCUCUCUGUCUGCUCUGCACCUGGCCGCUCCCAACCAGCCGCACUUCCACAGAUCCGACUUUCAUGCUCUGCGGGCUAAUGAUGCAGAUUGCUACGCAAAUCGGGCUGCACCAGCCUACUCAUCCUCAGGACUUCUCAAGAAUGAAACUUCGCUUGAAGCGCGAAGACAUUGACGAUAGGCUCAGGACAUGGGCUCCUUCAGUAACUCUCUACGACUCCACCCUUGAUUUCAGCCCCGAAAAUGAGCAGCAUAUGAGAGUCGUUCCCCCGGAACUAUACACUCGUCUACGCCAAGAAAUGGCGGCUGAUAGGAUUACGAAACUGUUGUAUCUCUCCAGUGGCAGCAACCAACCCGACAAAGCUCAUGACAGCAACGGAAAGGCAGUAUUCUAUGCCAAUUUAGAAGCGGACAGGCUCAAUGAGGAGCAGAGCCGGUUUGAAGCAGCUGGCCUAGUCACAGAUAUGGAAGCAUUGAAUUACCAAGCUGUUCUUCUCCAUCUUCGCUUGUACGCGUUUUUCGACACGAUAUCACCAACAGGUGGUCGUGACGAUCUACUGGACUUGUAUUUCGCUGCAACUAGCUUUCUCAAUCGUGCAUUUCCGAUGGUAGAAGCGGGCGUCCUCAGAUACGCCCCCAACUACAUCAUGCAGAUGAUCCUUGCCGCAGGUUUUGCGCUGCUCAAACUACUUAAUUCGGACUUCGCGGCUAAGCUGCCUGCUGAGGAUGGACGCCAUUACCUCACGCGCACGAUCACUUCAAUCCGCGCAAUAAGCGUCUCCAAAAAUGAUCUCCCUCUCCGCCUAGCCGAGGUCCUCGCCCAGCUGUGGAAAGCGAGUGGUGGCGGGAGCCUCAAAUUCUCGAGCACAUCUCAGUCUCCUGGAAUCGCUAACGCCCCUCUCCCGAACAUCUUCGCCCAUCAACCCCCUCCUCGCCGUGGAAGUCCGGGUAUGGAUGACCCUCUCCGACUUCGAGUCCGUAGCCGCAUGAGCAUGAGCGUCGUAUUCGACUCAGUCUGGCGUUGGCGCGAGACACAAGUCAAUGGCGCGGGGGAGAACCUCGAUACGACCGUUGUCAACAAUCCAACGAACCCUGACAGCUCGACCAACUCAACGCCUCCCGCAGGCAUGCCCAUGGAAGGUAAUCUCAUGACAAACCAGCUAAAUCAAAAUCUCUCGGCCCUGAGCAUGCCUCUGGCCAUGCCCAAUGGCCUAGCCAGUGCGAACAGCUAUGAGUUUUUCGAUCCGGUUAGCUGGAUGCUAGACGUGCAGCCUGACUGGAAUGUCUAUGGUGGAAGUUAUGGAGCUGAUUUUGGUGCUUGA